AUGGCUGCAGCUCCGCGCGAGAACCUGCAAAAGGUCGCUGGUCCCGAUUCCAUGGCCAUGCCUGCUCCUCAACAAUCCUCUAAUGCCUCUUCUUCUGUGCCUGCUGUCGCCGCAAGUUCCUCACACAUCCCUCCUGCCCUCGCUGAUGCCACUUCGUCGACGGCGCCCGCGAAGAAGAAGCGUCACCGUGCCGGGAGAAGGCACAAAAAGAGCCGGAAGUUGAGCAUCAUCGCUCCUUCUGAGGAUACCGAAAGUCAGAUGGAUACUACCGAGCGUCCCGGGCUGCUGCACCUUUCUCGCGAGACCAUACAGCAGGCCAACCUGGAUCGCCUGAGGACCCGCAAGGGUAGCAGCACCAGCAUGGAGAGUGAAGCUCUGCUGGAUCAUCGUUACCAGGGACCGGCUCGAUCGCGAGGCUAUAGCAACCAUCAGAACUACCUGCGAAACAAUCGAUCACAGCCCCGGACGCCGGACGUCGCUGGUUCGCGGUCGGCCACGUUUGGCAAGUCAUCCUACAUCUCGUCGCGAGGACCCGAAGUCGCAAUCAGUGAUGGAGAAGACGACGAUGCUCCCGAUGCCAACGACCGGACGCCUUUGCUACGGCAGCAGAACCGGAAAUACUCCAAACCUGCCCUUACCCGAAACAGCAGUGCCCGGAAUCAUCGUCGGGAAUCAGCUCAUUCCAAAGCGUCAUCACGGCGGCGGGUCAACCUUUCAUCGAGUCAGAAUGCUUCGGAAGAAAUCCGCGAUGUCAACAACCCCCCUUCCAUGCCUGGCUCACCCACCCUGGGAUCUUACACCGAUCCAUUCUUUCCUGACAUUCCUGCCGACCUCGGCGAUCGCGGCAGAGAUGUCAUAAUCAACAUUGAGGGAGGAAAUGCCCAUCGCUAUUCUAGCAAUGGUCCGGAUGGUCUCCGCCGACGAGCAACUACUGGUGACAUUGCCGGACUGGAUGUUUGCUUCCCGGCAGAUGAAGAGUCGGAAUACGGUGAAGGGGAGUAUGAUCAUGGAUAUGGCGGGGAAGAUCACCACUCACAUCAUUCACAAACUCGACGUCGACGCCGCCGGAACAAGGAGUGGCCAAAUUUUGAAAUUCUGGAAGAUUGGGUGCGCGAGGAGAAAGAGAUGCGAACAGAACAAGAGACGCUUCGGACGAAGAAAAUCAUCGAGUCGACCAUGUUUGGUGGACGACUGCGGCCGAGGACCUUCACGAACUGGCGUGCAGAGGAGGACAAUUCUUUCCGAUUUGCAUACUUCAGCGAGAUUUUCGACACCACCAUCCACGCUCAGAAUAUCAGCAACCUUCUCGAUGACGGGAAUUACACUUUUCAGGAGCUCUUCAAGCCAGAAUUUCCCGACGAGAGCGAAUCCAGCGAAUCCGAAGAGGAUGAAAAAGACUUUCAUCUGAUGGGGCAUCGUUCGCCGCCAGUCUCCGUCAAUCGCUCGCUCCUAACCUCGAACCCUCCGUCAGGGCAGGACACUCCCAAACCAAACGGCAAGAAAACAUCGAGCAAGCGAUACGGCCGGCGACCCACUUUCUGGCUCGAUGUGCGCCAACCCACGCCUGCCGAGAUGCAAGUCCUGCAAGACGCCUUCGGAAUUCAUCGCCUCACUACUGAAGACAUCAUGACCCAAGACCCACGCGACAAGCUCGAACUCUUCCAACAUUACUACUUCCUCAACUACCGCACAUUCGAGCAAGACAAAGAGAGUGAAAACUACAUGCAACCUAUCAAUUUGUCCAUGGUCGUUUUCCAAGAAGGCGUCAUUUCCUUUCAUCACUCCAUGAUUCCUCACCCGAACAACGUCCGCCGCCGCAUUCGGCAAUUGCGUGAUUACGGCGCAAUUCCCUAUGCCGAUUGGAUCAGCUACGCCCUUGUCGAUGACGUUACCGAUGCAUAUCAGCCCAUUGUCACGCAGACUGAACAAGACGUUGACGAGAUUGACGAGGAGAUUCUGUACAUGCACCGCGCUGCAGUCGUCGACUCGACUAAACAGAAUGCUCAGCAAAACGGCAAGCCCGCUGCUCCUGCACCCCGCCGCCGUCGGCGUCAUCCUCGCAAGGAGGUCCUCCGUCGGGUCGGCGAGACGAGGAAAGAUGUCAUGACGCUCUAUCGCCUCCUCGGCGCGAAGGCCGAUGUCGUCAAGAGCUUCGCCAAACGAUGUAAUGAAGUCUCGAGGGUCGGUGCACCCCGCGCGGACAUCGGGAUGUACCUCUCCGACAUUCACGAUCACGUCGUCACCAUGAGCGGAAAUCUGACCCAUUAUGAGAGCUUGCUCUCCCGCGCCCAUAGCAAUUACGUCGCUCAGAUCAACAUCCGCAUGAACGAACGCGCGGAGCAAAACGCCGACGUCCUCGGCAAAUUGACCGUCCUCGGCACGAUCGUACUGCCUAUGAACAUAAUAACUGGAAUGUGGGGAAUGAACGUCUGGGUCCCUGGCCAGGAAUACGAAGGCGAUCUCACCUGGUUUUGGUGCAUCACCGGCGGUCUCGUCAUGUUUGGCGUUACGUGCUAUUUCAUCGCCAAGAGAGUCUAUGGCAUCGUCUGA